AAAUCCAAUUUCUCGAUUCUCAGUUCUCAAUUCCCAAAAUAUCGACAAUAGAGCUGUUUUCUUUCAAAUUACACAAAGGAAUCGCUAUUGUUGCUUUUAUUGUUCAAUUACCAGUCAUUAAAUGAAGAGAUUGAAAUCAGCAAUUUUCUGUUUUCAUGGGUCAGUUAAGCUUGUUGGAUAACCAGGUGCUAUCGUUAUUGAAAUCAGAAACUAUUAUAACAUCUGUUCCAAUAGCAAUUAAAGAAAUCAUUGAAAACAGCAUUGAUUCACAAUCAACAAAGAUUGAGGCUAUCGUUGAUUUGGAUAAUUUUAGUUUUAUCAUCAAAGACAAUGGAUCUGGAAUAAAUCCUGAUGAUUUGAACCUAAUUUGUUCAAAAAGAUUUCUAACUUCAAAGCUUACUUCUAAUGAUAUUAAUGACAUGAAAUCUUUAAAGACUUUUGGCUUUAGAGGCGAAUCGUUAUUUUCAAUUUCAAAGAUUACUGAAUCUUUUCAUAUUAUCUCCAAAACUCAAGAAUACAAUUCAAUUUUUAUAAAGUCUAUAAAUAACCAUAACCCAGUGAUUGAAAAUGUUAAAAUGUUUAAUCAUUUAAAUUUGACUAAUAUCAAAUUUUUGAAUAAGCUCUAUAAAAAUCAAUACCAAAUACCAAUAAAUCUCGAUUUGAAAACCUCUGGAACUAUAGUCAUAGUCAAUAAUCUUUUCUUUAAUUUACCUGUUAGACAAUCACAACUUUCUCGGUUAUCUUUGCUAAAAGUUCUAGAUCAAAUUAGAUUGAGCAUUCUUCAAAUUUCAGUUUUAAACCCAAAUGUUCAAUUGAAAAUUAAACUAUAUCCAAAUUUCUUAAUUACAAAAGCUAUUUUACCCCCUUUGUAUUCAGCUUCUUGCUCAAAUGGAGCUCCAAAUUUGUUAGAUAACUCUACUAAUAUGAUCCAAAUUUUAAAUUCUGUUUAUGGAAUUUCAAUAAAGAAUAAUUAUGAAUUUUUAUCUACUGAAUCUAAAUCUUAUAAAUUGAGUGGAAUUAUUUCAACCAUUCCUUCUCAAUCUAAAAAAUAUCAAUUUAUAUUUAUAAAUAAUAGAAGAAUCGAUAGUAAUAAUCAAUUAUUUAAUACAAUUAAUCAAGUUUUUAAAUCAUCUGAUUUUGGUUACAAUUCUUUUCAAUACUUGCAACCUUAUUUUAAUUCUAGCAGUUUAAAACAAUUAUCUCCACAAAAAAUAAAGAGUCCUUAUAAAUACUAUAAGAAAACCUUAAACUCAAUUACAAAGCCUUUUUCAAGAUAUCCAGUUUUCAUUAUUAAAAUCGAAUGUGAAAACUCGAUAUCUGAUUUGAUUCAAGAUCCUUCAAAGUUGAUUUAUAAUUCUGCUCAUUUUAAAUCAAUUAACCCAAUUAUUUUAAAAUUGUUAAAAACUUUCUUAUCUGAGCAUGGUUUUACAUUGAACAGCAAUAAAAGUAAUAAUGAAAAGGGCAAUGAAAAGAAUAUUGGAGGAACUACUAGCAAAAGUAGUAGUAUUAAUAAUACUGAUUCUAAUAGAAUCAAUUUGAAGCGGAAAUUCGAAGAUACUCUUGAUAUCAACUUUAAAAAUACAAAAGAUAAUAUUUCUAAUAUUGAUGAUUAUAAUGACGAGAAUAUAAAUUUAGAACAAAAUGAUACGACAAAGCAUAUAAAACUUUUGAAUCAAAAAGUAAAUAAGAAGUCAGCCAGUUUAUUUUUAAAUUCCAAAAUUAAAACAGGAAGAAUUAAUAUUAAGGAAAUAAAUGGUCGAUGGGAUAAUUCGAAUCCUAAUAAUUCUUUAUUUUUGAGGCCUUUCUUAUCCAAAUUUGAAUUUGGGUUUAAAGGUAAUGAUAAAUUGAUAAAUAAUUGUUAUGGUGAAUCUAAAAGUAGCUUGGUUGAAAUUAUGAAAAAAUCCAAAUGUCAUAAAAAAUCUCAUCAUUGUUUUGAUGACUAUGGAAAUGACAAUUCUAUUUUGAAAAUAAAUUAUAAAACAGCUUACACAUCAGAAUUUUUCGAUAAUAAGAUAGGCAGAAAUGAAAUUAAUUUAAAAAAUUUUAAACUAAGUAGAGAAGAUAUUGCUAAAUUAAAAGUAAUAUCUCAAGUGGACAAUAAAUUUAUAUUAACAACACUAAACUCAUCAAUAUUAUUAAUUGUUGAUCAACAUGCUUGUGAUGAGAGAAUUAAGGUUGAGGAGAUAUUUUGCGAUUUUGUUGAAAGAAUGAACGAUAAAGAUUUUGAAAUGUCAAUAAAGUUGAAAGAAGAAUUAAGAAUUGAGGUUUGUAUUGAUGAAAGUGAUCUAUUGUUAAACUAUUUGGAUGAAUUUAAUAUUUGGGGGUUUAAUUUUUCAAUUGAAUCUGGAGAAGAUAAUAGUGUGAAUAAGGUCAUAAUAACACAUUUACCUUAUACGUUGAUUGAAAGAAGUAAUUACAAAGAUGGGGAGUUUAUUAAGAGAUGUUUAAUUCAACACGGGUAUGAUUUAAGCGAAAACCGGAAAUUCUUUAGAAAGGAUAAAAAAGAUAAUAAUCACGAGUGGUUAAAUGAGUUGAGAUAUAUACCUAAAGUGAUUAUUGAAUGUCUUAAUUCUAAAGCAUGUCGAGGAUCAGUUAUGUUUGGGGAUAAACUAUUGGUUGAGGAAUGUGAGAUUUUAAUAAAUAAACUUGGAUAUUGCAAACUACCAUUUCAAUGUGCACAUGGAAGACCUACAAUUGUUCCUAUCGCAUAUUUGGGUGAGAGUAGAGGAAAUACUCAGAACACGAAUAAUGAUGAGAAUGGUGGUGGUGAUUAUUUAGUUGUAGAUGAUAUAUACGGUAAGAUUAGUUUAUUAUAG